UCUGAUUAGCUUUUCUGCCACCACAAAACUUUCGAAGUUCAUUCACCUCUGCCCAUUCGUCUUCCUCACCAUUGCCAUGAGAGUUGUCAAUUUCAUCAUGAGGACUUUCUGGUUCAUUCUAAACUUUGCGGCAUCUUUCUUCUAUAAGGAACCCGUGCAGCCGGCUUCGCAAAUGAGAGCAAGGAAGCUCCCUCUGCACACAUGUGCGGUGUCCAUCCUCUCAUCGACCCACCGGGUCUACACCAGAGCCCAGGAAUAUAACGGCCUGUCGGGUUUGUUAUUCAGAAAGUCGGCGCGACUCACCACUUCUGUGGACCCGUAUGCUCGCGAAAUCAAGAACUGGUGCCUGUCCAUCCUCACCUGCGUGGAUGAUCAGAUCCUGGCUGUCGAGUGCGGGAUUGAGAAAAACUUCCCUGCAUCAACCUUCGUGUUUGAUAGAGUCGACGAACUUGUCAGGGCCAUGGAAACUUUCCCGGAAACGGCCGAGCAGAUGGUCAGCAGACUGCUCUCAUUGAUCCACAAGGUCCCAUUCCUGAACUUGGCAUCAUCCCAUAUCACAUCACGGUUGGAUUGUUGGCUCUCUAAAUGGGGGUGGGAUACCGCCGCACGAGAAAAGGAUAUCCCAAUGGACUCGAGAUCAGCAGAUGCCAAUGAAGGAAUUGUUUCUGAUAAAUAUUGCCCAGGGUCAGCACACGACAAGGAGGCGGGAAAAGAGCUCUUCCCGUCGGUCGAACCUCUGCUGAUCAAACCUAAGACCAGCGAUAACUGUGCGAACAUCUCCCCGAAAGGCACGUACAAGGAAGUGCUGCUGGAUGAAGGCAACACAGAAGAUCAUAAGGUCGAACUAAUAAAGGAAGGUGAUGAUGGGGAGCAGAUAACAUUACUAGAAGACGCCAGCAGUAAGGAAGAGGGCAAGGAGGAGGAGCAGGAGAAGGUCGUCUCUCUGACGACCGAGGAGGGUUCAACCAAGGACGACCAGAUAUUGGAUUUGUUUGAAUCGGGAUGGCACAUGAAGAAGCCGGUGUGAAACGGGGGGAAAAGGAGCCCGAUGGUUCGAGCUGCUCCAUACACUGGUCUAGCUAGGAAAGUCUGCUGUUUAUUAUAUCGGGUUACAUUAUUAGCAUAUAGUUUUUGGCAUGAUCUUUUAGAUGUAAUUGGCGAACUCGCCUCAGACAUGACCUUGGUUGGCGAGUAUCAGAUCUUCUAGUGCAGAGUCCCGUGGGGAAAAUAAUGCGCGUGUACAUAUUCGAAACAAAGACGAGUUUCUUUUAAUGUUUCUUGUAUUGGUCUUUUACUUGUGUCAAGUUUGAAGAGAGGGAUAUGGACCCCAGAUGAGUAGAGGAAUGGCUUCAAAUCAAAUAUAAUUGGUUGGGAUUGGCUUUU